AUGGGAAGUGUAAAUGUCACGAAGAGCAAAGGAGUAGAAACGCCGGCGUUUUUCGGCAGGGCUGGCGGCGAUUUCCUGCCCGGAACCCGGCCCUGCCCUCGCUCCCCGCCCCGCACCGCUGGGAGCGCCCGAAGGGCACGGGACUGGCACGGGCACGGCGGGACACGCACCGGGACAGCGGGACACACGGCGGGACACGCACCGGGACAGCGGGACACACGGCGGGACACGCACCGGGACAGCGGGACACACGGCGGGACACGCACCGGGACAGCGGGACACACGGCGGGACACGCACCGGGACACACGCCGGGACACACGCCGGGACACACGGCGGGACACGCACCGCGACAGCGGGACACACGGCGGGACACGCACCGGGACAGCGGGACACACGGCGGGACACACGGCGGGACAGCGGGACACACGGCGGGACACGCACCGGGACACACGCCGGGACACACGGCGGGACACGCACCGGGACAGCGGGACACAGGCACACAGGGACACGGGAGCCCGGCUCGGGAAAGGACAACUACAAGCAGAUCUACAACAAUGCAAGGACCUCCACCUGCCACAGCACCUGCAAUGCCCUAUGGCCCCCCUCAGCAGGUCCCUGGGACUUACCAAGGUGCAGGGAACUACGGAUUCCAGGCACAGCCCAUGGGAUUCCCAGGUGGAUUUGUCGUUCCACCUGUCCAGAACCAGCCCCCCAUGGACAGGACAAUCUGGAUGCCUAUCCCUCCUUCUAUUCCCAACUGCCCUCCUGGACUGGAGUACCUCACACAGAUUGACCAGAUAUUAAUUCAUCAGCAACUUGAACUUCUUGAGAUUGUGACCGGCUUUGAAACAAACAACAAAUACGAACUGAAGAAUGCGCUGGGCCAAAGGGUGUACUUUGCAGCAGAGGACACUGACUGCCUUACCAGGAAUUGCUGGGGGCCAUCACGGCCCUUCACUAUCCGGAUUAUUGACAACCUGGGCCGCGAGGUGAUAACGCUGCAAAGACCUCUCCGAUGUUCCUUGUGCUGCUGCCCCUGCUGCUUGCAGGAGCUGGAAGUCCAGGCGCCUCCAGGAACAACAGUUGGUUAUGUUGUCCAGAACUGGCAUGCCUGCCUGCCAAAGUUUACCAUUCAGGAUGAGAAAAGGAUGGAUGUACUGAAAAUUAUUGGCCCAUGUAUUGCGUGCCGGUGUUGUGAGGAUGUUAAUUUUGAGGUGAAGUCUCUGGAUGAGACUUGUGCUGUUGGGAGGAUUUCUAAGCAGUGGACUGGUUUUGUGCGGGAAGCGUUUACAGAUUCAGAUAACUUUGGAAUCUCAUUCCCAAUGGACCUUGAUGUGAAAAUGAAAGCUGUCAUGAUUGGCGCUUGCUUCCUUAUCGACUUCAUGUUUUUCGAGUAUAGUGGUAACAAGCAUCAGCGAGCAGGAGUCUGGUAAUGAAAUGUAGAUGUUCUAUAUGGAAGGAAGAAGAACAUGGAUCUCCCAACAUUCCAAUGAAUUGCAGAGCUUCAGUAAGAAUAUGAGAAAAGUACAUGUUAUAGUUACAUUUCUAUAAGCUAAAAGCUUUAUCAUAUUUUUUAUUAUUUUUUUUAAUCUGGUGAAAUAAUUUUUAGUAUUCAAAUAAGGACUCUUUAUCUGUACAGAUCAAUAAUGUAAUUUAGAGAAAUAUAUAGCAACCUUUUUUCCAAGAACUCUGUAAUUUUAAAGUAACUAAGUAUAGUAGUUAUAUAUAGCUACUAUAAAAAUACUUUGAUUCCUAAAAAAAAAAGGACUAUUUCUAUGUUCAAUAUUAAUAAUAACCUAAGCCUAAUAAGGAGACACUGAUGUUUUCCUGUGCAUUCUUCUUUGGUAGUUUUGCCUUGGUGUUCACAUUCUGUUGUUUCCAUCUUCCCAUCAAAUACAGACAUUCAGAGCAAAGUGCUGCAUUUGAACAGAACUAUCUGAAUCCGUGUAAAAUGUUAUUACUCUGGCGUACAGGGUGUGUCUGAGCUGGAGCUGGUUUCCCCCAGCAGCCCUCUCAGAGCUGUGCUUUUCCCUGGGGCUGGGAGGGCGCUGGUAGCUCAGCUGGGCAGCGCUGGCCCCGCAGCAGCGCUGUCUCUCCAGCAUUCCCACCUGCCUUGAGUAGGCUGGGGGUGGGCAAGGUCCUGGGAGGGGACACAGCCAGGCCAGCUGACACAGAUUGACCAAGGGGACACUCCAUACUGUAUGGCAUCAGCUUGGAAAUAAAAGAUGAGGAGGAAGGCGUUGCAUUCAUUUUUUGCUGUGUGUGCCUUCCCAAGCAAUCACUUCUAUGCUGAAGCCCUGCUUCCCAGGAAGUGGCUGGGCAUUGCCUGCUGAUGAGAAGUACAGAAUAAAAUUUCUCUUUUUUUUACUCUUUGUUUGUGCAUGCACAAACUUUUGCUUUUGUUUUAGUAAAGUGCCUGAUCUUAACCUACAAGUUGUUGUGUGUCUUAUUAUACCUGCCCUGUCCCUCUGGGAAGGGGCGGCAUAGAGUGGCUUGUGGGCACCUGGCACCCAGCUAAGGCCAACCCACCACAUCUAGUGAUGAAUAUGUUGUCAAACAUGAUCCCUCCUGAGCAUGACCUAAUUUUCUUAUUUGGACUGUUUUGAAACUUGAGGCUUGCAUGUUCACCAACAGAAGUGUACAGGUGACAGGAAAUAAAACUGUCUGUGCUUGCUUCUGUUUAGUAAUCCUUUAGUAAUUGCUUUGUGCCUGAGUGUGACCUGAGGCAAGGAGAAAAAGUUAGUUACUCAGGUUCUCCAG